AUGCAGAGACCAGGCGGCCAAGGGACGGCGUUCUCAAUCGACUCCCUCAUAGGGACCCCUCAGCCCAGACCGGGACACCUGCUGUACACAGGCUACCCCAUGUUCAUGCCGUACAGACCUCUGGUUAUCCCACAAGCUUUAUCCCACUCGCCCUUAUCUUCAGGGAUACCUCCCCUCGCGCCUUUGGCUUCUUUUGCGGGACGCCUCACGAACACGUUCUGUGCCAGUUUAGGGCAGGGGGUGCCCUCCAUGGUUGCUCUCACCACCACGAUGCCAAGUUUCUCGGAUCCACCGGACAGUUUCUACCCUCCACAAGAGCUCCCAGGCCCGCGUUUGAGCGCAGCAGAUCCCGGAGCAAGGAGGCAGGAGAGUCCGCACUCUGAAGACCUGCACGGCCGGGACAAGAGCUCCGAGCUGCUCAACUUCUCAGAAACUUUUCAAACUAUAUCAGGUAAGCUUGGCAUCGCUGUCCAUUUACGGUGUCUUAUCAAAUGAAAACCAGGAGGACGAUGCGUAAAAAGGCCAUCAUGCGUAAAAAUGCGUAAAAGUUGAGAUUGUAUUUGGAGAUGUACCAAGAUUUAAAAAACUGAGUACCCUUAACUUGUUUGUACAUAAUUCUGGGGUGGAAAAAUAGUGAUAAAAUUGUGUGGCCUAGUUUUGGAGGAUUGCAACCUGGUGACAGUGAGCAAUAAAAUCUAAAGUUCCUGAUAUAUUUUGCUUCAAGAGCAGGCUUUAUUACAUUUAAUUUUUUUGGUUGUUAUUCAAGUAUUAUCUAUCCAUUUAUUAUCUAUAUCUAUCUAACAUCUAUGUAUUUUAAAUGAUGCUGAAUUACAUUUAAAAAAUGGGGGAUCUGUUUUGUUGACAAGAGAUAAAACUGUUCCAAGUUGCCAAAACAUUUGAAAUUUGAAGGGAAAUAUCGUAACAGGCCAAUUUUAUUCCAACUAUUAAAAUAUUUUAAGCAGUUUUCAGAACUUUUUCAUGUCCUUUUAUUUUUAUUCACCUGCUAAAAGAGGCCAUGAUUGAUGUGUAACAAGAUGAGACAUUGCGUAAUGCUCACUUCUGGCAUUUAAGCGUAUGGUCAAGUGAUUUAAAGUGUUUUUUUUCUCUCUUUCCCCCUCAACAUUGUAGGUGAGACAAAACUGUACAGUUCAGACGAUGAGAAGCUGGACCUUAAAUCUGCGGAUACUGCGUGCAGUGACCGGGAGGACAGCUCCGCGGACAGCGAGAACGAAAGUUUCUCGGAUGGGAACAACUGUGGCUCCCUGUCCCAGAAGAGCAAACUUAAAACCGGCUCUCAGGAGGCGUUACCCACCGGCAGUUCAGCGGGGAAGAGCCGGAGGAGACGAACAGCUUUCACCAGCGAGCAGCUGCUCGAACUGGAAAAGGAGUUUCACUGUAAAAAGUACCUUUCUCUGACUGAACGCUCGCAGAUUGCGCACGCUCUUAAACUCAGCGAGGUGCAGGUGAAGAUCUGGUUUCAGAACCGCAGGGCCAAAUGGAAACGGAUCAAAGCCGGCAACGUGAACAACCGGUCUGGAGAACCGGUGAGAAACCCCAAAAUAGUGGUGCCCAUCCCCGUGCACGUCAACAGGUUCGCUGUGAGGAGUCAGCAUCAACAAAUAGAGCAAGGGACCAGGCCGUGA